UUUCACCCUGGAGGAAUUUGCCUCGCACAGGCCACCAUGGCAACAGCCUUCCUCCCCCCCCUUGGGGGUCACGCACAACGCUGCCCGGGUGAGGCUGGGCUGCCACAUUGCCAUGGGCUGCCCCCGUGGGAAAGGCCACCCCUUCUCCUCUCCUGGAAGAGAUGAGAACAGGGAAAACGUCCCCUUUGCCUGCCUCUGGGUGACAUCUUUCAUGAACGGACAAUGCCAGGCGAGUGACCUGCGGCCCAGGCCAGUGGGGCUGAGAGAUAGAAGACAGAUGCCGGGGCAGGAACGCACGCACACAUGCACACACGCGCGCACACACACACAGUGGGGCUGGAAUGGAGACGACGCCCACUCCCUAAACUUCUGGUUGGAGCAGGACAUGGGGUGGAGACCCAGGCACACGCUACUCCUUAUCUGGGCCUUCUGCACCCUGUCCAAAACCCACACCCAGCCAGGGUGCACGUGCCACAGCAGGAGCAGGGAGGAGCUGCACCCACACUUCCACCCCUGGGAGAACCCCAACAUCCCAACCACACUCCCUUCCUCUUGGGUCUGGCCUGCCUGGGAAGCCACUCCUGUUCCCAAAAUAGGCGGCCCAGCCAGGCCAGGGGUGAGGCCUGGAGGGGAGGGGCAGGGGACGCUCACCCCAGUCAGGCUGUCCCCUGCCGAAAGAACCCCAAACGUCCGGCUGUGCCCUGGGGCCGAGCACUUUGGACCCCCUGGCCCAGAGCUGGCCGCGCUGCCCUCAGCCGUCUCCCCUCCCCGCCCCACCCCACCCCUACCCUCCCCAACCGGCAGCUGUAACUGGAGCCGGGCUGGAGGGGGGCCAGGGGGCGGCCCCCAGCCCAGACCGCCCUGGCCCGCUAGGUUAACUCUCUCAGCUCAGAGGGAGGAAUCGUAG